AUGUCCACCUUAGAAGAUUUCAACUUUAAAGAACUAUUUCCUACAUGUAUGAAUGUAUAUGAUGAGCUUGCAAAAAAUAAACCAAGGCCUUAUGAUUCAAAUCUUAAUGAGCCGUAUAAAAAUAUUCGAAAAAAAUUGAAUGUUGAAACGCAAGAUGGGAAAUUCAUAUCACAUUGUAAAGAGCUUAUAAACUAUUUAUACUAUAUAAAAGACAAGCAAAAUUCUGAUGUAAAAAAAAGAUGUAAUUAUUUAAAUUAUAUGUUAAAACAUGUACUAAAAACAAGUAAAUGCAAUGACAAAAACUCAAAAACUUUUUACGAUAAAAUUAUUGGAGAAAGAGAAAUAAGUUAUAUUAUGAAUUCUUCUAAUGUAUGUGAAUGUUUUAUUCAAGAUCUUGACAACAAUAUAUUUUCAGUAUUGUUGGAACUAAAUGGAUUAUAUGAAAUAAUUUCAAAACCAGGUUUGAAGAGCUAUAAAAACAAAUAUUGUUAUGAUAUGUACAAGGAAAUAUCAGGAAUAUAUGAUAACUCAAAUAACGAAUGUCUUCGUAGAGUGGUAAAGAAUUUUAAAAAGGAAAAUAUGGCAUAUUUUCCUGAAAGCAUAAAUGAAUUAAAUUUUACGUUACACAUAAUCAUGAAAGAAUCGCAUAAAAAAAAUAAUGCAUUAAUAUAUAUGAUAUUUUUCCUACAUUAUCUGUAUACUUCUUAUGGUUCUUUCUUAUAA